AUGGCUUCAGCUUCUCCGCAAGCUUUGUUCUUGUACACCAUAGCAGCAGCUGCACUUCUGAUCCCAGGCCCAACUGUGCUCGCACAACUCACACCAGACUUCUACACUUCAAUUUGCCCUCAGGCGUUACCCACUAUCAGAAGGGUUGUCAACCAGGCAAUCAACGAUGAGCCCCGCAUGGGUGCAUCACUCCUUCGCAUGCACUUCCAUGACUGCUUCGUCAAUGGGUGCGAUGGAUCGAUUCUUCUGGACGACACAUCAAAUUUUACAGGGGAGAGAACCGCGGGUCCCAACUUCAACUCCGUUAGAGGGUACGAUGUGGUUGAUAAAAUCAAGACGGAACUUGACAGAAUAUGCAGGAGGAGCGUUGUCUCCUGCGCCGACAUCUUAGCUGUUGCUGCUCGCGAUUCUGUCUCUAUCUUGGGGGGUCCAAGCUUCACGUACUCAGUUCUACUCGGCAGAAGGGACGCCACAACCGCCAGCCUCAACGCCGCCAACAGCAACCUGCCGGCGCCAUUCUUCAGCUUCCCACAGCUCCUCUCCAGCUUCCAGGCCCACGGGCUCGACCUCACGGACCUGGUGGCGCUCUCCGGCGGCCACACAAUCGGGCUCGCUCGCUGCACCACGUUCCGCACCCGCAUCUACAACGACACCAACAUCCAGACCAACUUAGCCGCCUCCUUGCAGCGAGCCUGCCCGCCGACGGGAGGCGACAACAACUUGCAGCCGAUGGACCGGACUCCGGCGGGAUUCGACACGCAGUACUUUGACGCGCUGCUCCGGAACAGAGGGCUUCUCCACUCCGACCAGGAGCUGUUCGGCGGCGGCAGCGCGGCCAGCGACGCUCUGGUGAGGCUGUACAGCACCAGCCCGCAGAGGUUCGCGGCGGAUUUCGCGGCGGCGAUGGUCAAGAUGGGGAAUAUGCAGCCGCUGACUGGGACUAAUGGGGAGAUUAGAAGCGACUGCCGCAAGAUUAAUUGA